UCCGGGGCUACCUCUAGGCGCAGUAUGCACAAAACAUUCUACGCUGACGGACGGAAAUAGCCGCAUCUCUGUCGGAUCGCAACAAAAAUGCCCAGUCCCUGGUUUAACCAGUGCAAGAUCAAAGCAUUUGCACUGCUCUGGCUGCUGCUGUCGCUGCUGCUCUUGUGCGAUCUCUGCCCUGUGCAGGGCCAAAGAAGCACCGGCGGUCGCAAUGUGCUGCGUCGCAAUUACACGGGCAAGAAACCUGUUGUCAUUCAGCACAGAUCCCAGGAUGCUGUCAACUAUUACGAUCACGAGAACGGUGCCAAGAUCAUAAAGUCAUCGCACUUUGAGCUCGACUAUACAUUGGGGCGCAAGAUUACCUUCUUUUGCAUGGCGCAAGGUAAUCCACGACCGACUAUCACCUGGUUUAAAGACGGCGCAGAACUGUAUCAGCAUCGAUUCUUUCAGGUGCACGAAUCGCAUCCAGAACCAGAGAUCAUUAAAUCAAAAAUGGAAAUUGAUCCAACCACACAAAUGGAUGCGGGCUAUUACGAAUGCCAGGCGGAUAAUAUAUAUGCUAUUGAUCGUCGGGGCUUUCGCACGGACUAUGCCAUGGUCAAUUUUUAACAUUCUUCAUUCAACUCUGAUAUAUUCUGAACUACAUUUCGUAAUAAACACAAUAUA